AUGGCUUCGCCCAACAAUCCGAGUAGGGCCCAGCGGUCCAAGGCCCUCCACGUUGCAGCAGAGUUGCAGGACUUCUCAAACCAGGAUUUUACCAUUAUCGGCCUCAGCGAACCCAUAUUUUCUGCCUUAUCGUCUCAUCAUUCCAGUUCCAAAGGCGUUAACAGCGCAACUCCGCGAACCUCAGACAUCUCCAACGUCUCGGAUUCGCCUACCCCGAGCUCUUUGGAAGCCGACUUAUCUCAUUACAAAGAGCUCUUCUCUAAGCUACGCUUUUCCUACGUCGAACAGGUCACCAAAGAAAAGUUCAUCCGUGCCAUUGUAGGCGAUCCGCCCUUGAUUGUCAGUUCUCAGGAGAACGCCACCUUGGAGGAAAUUAAUGCAUCUGCAAAAUCAAUGCUGCAGGAGCUCAAGACCGAAGUCAGCUCAAUCCUCUUGUCUCUCGAGGAACGCAGUCAAGAUCUUGCAACACGAUAUGAGCGGGUAAAGGCUGAAACAGCGCUUCUAGUCGAGCUGUUAGAUAAAAUCCCAGCGCUGGAAAACAGGAUCGCAGAGUUGCAACCGAUUCGCAGAAGUCAAGGUGAUAAUGACCACUCCGGAAAUCCAGACAUGAAUCUCCCCCUUGGGAAAACAUUGGCUCUUGUGGAUAACAAACGUCGGGAGCUGGGACGGUUGGAUCGGCAACUGGAGCUUCUUGGACCGCAAGUGCUGAGGAAGAGCAUGGAGCAAGAACGGCUGCAGAGUGAUGUUCUUGGGUUGGAGAAUCGGAAAUCAAAUAGCAUCUAUGCAGCCAAAGAGGCAAAGAAGAACAAGGAAGAUGUUCGCGGUGGGGAUGACCUCGAGUCCAAUGGCAGGUGGCACCAAGCAUCGGUAGCUGUCCUGAGCCAACUUUUAACCUUAGAGGAGUGA